AUGACUCUUGCAGAUCUGAGGCAGCCCCCUCAGGUUAUCAGCUACAACUGUGGGGUCCUAAUAGCAGCAGAGCUAUGGACUGGGCUGGAGAUGGCCGCUGAGACAAUGGUUACCACCUUUUCCACCUUCUCAGUGCAGAAGUGCAAGAAGGGCACCCUUAGCCUCAAUGAGUUUAAGGAACUGGUCACUGAGCAGUUGCCUCUCCUGCUCAAGGACGCUGGCUCCCUAGAUGAGAAGAUGAAGAGCUUGGAUGUGAACCAGGACUCAGAGCUCAAGUUCAAUGAACACCAGAGGCCUAUCGGGGAGCUAGCUAAGGAGAUCAGAAAGGAGAAGGCCCUGGAGAUGACAAAGCCUCCUGGCAGAGAUGGCGUGGGAGGGCAAUAA